AUGCCAAACGUCUCGCUGAAGGGACCCUUCUCCUCAAUCCGAGCACGGAACGGAUCGCUGGUGAAGAACAUCAAAGAGCUGGAGGAGUCCAACCUAAGAGAUAUCAGUUUAAUUGGACAGCAUGUUUUGCUUCACGUCCAAACUGUCAUCGAACGCCAGGGCGAGCAGCUGGCUCUAGGGUUUUCAGAGAUGAAGAAGGAGUUCCAGAGCCUUGAGGAGGGCAUAGAGAGUAUCCAUCUCGAAAACACGGCCCGCGAUGAGGCCGCCGAAGAUUCAGACUGCAUCAACGCCUUUCAAACAGGGAUCAACUACGUCCUCCAAAUGGAUAGAAAUAGCACGACGAUGACCGGCUUCGCAGCUACGACACGGCCCUGA